AUGGCAAGACGGGGGAAGGGCCCGCGUGGUGGCGCUUCAAACAACGGCCAGCAGCAGAUGCAGCCGCUGCUGCAGAAAACAACGGAGAGGACGGGAGGGGAACAUUGCUGCCCUGAGGCUCACUCAUCUGCGCCAGAACCGGAAGCCCUUAGAGAGGGGGAAGGUGCUACCAGCAAUUGCUGCAGCAGCCGCCGACUUUGCUGCAACGGGAGUCAGAAGAGCAGCAGCAGUAUAAGGGAAUGUUGCAACGAACCACCACGUGAAGGAUGUGGGGACAACAGCCACUGCAACCGCAGCAACCGGCGCUGCGUACAGCACCAAGUUCGGGGGCAGCAGCAGCAACUGCGGCAGCAGUCAGUCGAGCCACUGGAUCAGGAACUGAUGGCCUCGGGGCCACAUAGUUGCGGGGAUGUUUGCACGAGCGCCUGCUCGGCUGCUUCUGAGCCGAAACGGGAGCAGCAGCAGAUACCUCCACCCCACGGUGAGACCACAGCUCGGUCAAGUGGAGACAGGUGCUCUUCUCCCUCUCAACAGCAGCAGCAGCAGCAGGGGUCGCAAGAUCAGCAAUGCUGUGAAGAAGCAGCGCAUGGUGAUAGUGUGCGCGUGCCGAUUCAGACGGGAAUAGGUACCCGCACGGACGAGUCUCGCGUGCUUCGGCGGCAGCUAGCUGUUGACACAGCUGCUGCGCGGGCCCGAAGAAAGCUGCUGGUGGCCUCAGCCGUGUGUUUGGUGUUCAUGGCUAUAGAAGUGAUCGCUGGUAUCGCAUCUAACUCCCUCGCUCUCAUGACAGACGCCUCGCACCUCCUCUCGGACCUCUGCGCCUUCCUUAUCAGCUUGUUUGCCUUAUGGGUGUCGCAGCUGAAAGGGACCAUGUCGAUGUCUUUCGGGUAUCAUCGAGCAGAGAUUUUGGGGGCUCUAAUGUCCGUGCUGCUGAUUUGGGGUGUCACUGCAGCUCUUGUGGUGGCAGCGCUGCACCGCAUAGCUUCGCCACAGAAGGUGCACGGAGGCCUCAUGCUGCUUACAGCAUCCAUCGGAACCGCUGCCAAUUUGUUUAUGGCACACAUUCUCCAUAUACACUCCCAUGGUAUCGGGAGAGUUCACACAACCCUUCCGGGUUCGUCAUCAGAUGAAGGUAGCCAUUCCAGCAGCAGCCGCUGCUGUGGCGGCAGCACAGAAGCAAGGAGUUUGCUCCCGGCAAGAACACCCGGGUGCUGCAGUGGCAGUAGUAGUAGUAGUAGUAGUAGUAGUAGUAGUAGUAGUAGUAGUAGUAGUAGUAGUAGUAUUAGUAGUAGUACCGGCAGCAGCUCGGGAAACAGCCAUGAGGCUAACGGGCACCAUCAUGACGAGGGGCACGAGGUGCUCCUCCAGCAGCAGGGAAGUGACCUUGACAAGCGGCAGCAGCCAGCCGUAGCAGCAGGAGAAGGGGACGUGUAUGUGCGGAUGGACGAGGAUGACCCAGAGGCAGAAAUAGAGAGCAUGAACCUGAGGGCUGCUUAUAUACACGCAGUUGGAGACCUCCUGCAGAACAUCGGGGUCAUGAUUGCGUCGGCCAUCAUCUGGUACAACCCAGAGUACUCGAUUGCAGACCCAGCUUGCACAUUAGUCUUCUCGAUUUUCGUUCUCUUAACGACGGUUUCCAUCAUCCGAGAGGCGGUGAACGUGCUGAUGGAGGGAACGCCCUUAGGUUUAGACGUGGCGGUGCUGCAAUCCGACCUAGUAUCUCUUCGAGGAGUGCUGGAAGUUCACGAUCUCCAUGUCUGGUCGAUAUCUAUCGGGCGGCCAGCACUUGCUUGCCACCUCGUCGUAUGUGAUGAGGAGGCUGCACGGCGCGUUUUGAGGGCAGCUACCCUUCUCUGUCAGCGCAAACACGGCAUUUUACACACGACUAUUCAAACGGACUUCUCGUCUGACGCCUCUUGCUGCGAUACAGAAGCUCACAAGAAGUGCAUGGAGCCUUUAACCAGAGCGGAACUUUGA